CAGCACAUCCAACAGAGGAAACGGAAAAGACGAAACAUACAAGAAGCUUUUUCAUUUCAAAAUCCCGGGGCUGUGGAAAGAACAGAGAGUUCAUCCUUUUUUUUAAACCCAAGCGUGUCCGCCUUUGAGGGGGGGGCUUCAUCGUCAGACCUCGACCCGGACCCUUCCUCUGCGUUAUUUCUUUUCCUCAUCUGUUUCUUUUUCCUCCAGCUGUUUGCAGCUGGCAGAGAGCACCCGCCCUGUUUGGGAGGAAAAAAAGAGUGAUCGGAGGAGGAGAGAGAGCGAGAAAGAGAGAGAGAUGCAACCCCAGCCUUCCCAGCCUCCUCAGGUGAGGAGCAACAUCCUCAAGUUCCUCCGGAGCUUCUUGGGGAUCAGCCGCAUCCUGCAGAUCGUGUUCGGCGCCGGGCUGUGGGUCACCAUCGCCGCCAACAAGUACGAGGGCUCCAUCCACUUCGUGCUCUUCGUGGCCGUGCUCUUCUGGCUCCUCACCCUCGGCCUCUUCUUCCUCACGCUGCUGGACAAGCAGGACCUGGUGCCGCUGCUGGGUGGGAAGCGGUGGCUGUGCACCAACCUGGCGCACGACGUGGCCGCCGUCGCGCUCUACCUGCCGGCCAUCGGCGUCUUGAUCUACAAGACGGACCGCAACUCGUACUGCAACCUGCACCUGUACACGCACUACUGUGUGUUCAAGAUCUACCUGACGGCCGCCGUGUUCGCCUGCCUCUGCUGCGUCUCCUACCUCCUGUCGCUGGUGUACGAGGCGUACAGGAGGUGCCGGGGCGAGCAGACGGUCAUCUGAUGAUGGUGCUGGAGAGGUGUGAUGGAGGAGGGAUCCACAUCAAGAUGAGGAAUAGUUCACUUCACUGUAAUUUAACUCAACAGCUUCUCCAAUCUCAGAUUCAUCACACCAAACUGUUUAGCCUGUUUAUGAUGAGGCAGCAUCACUCUGUGGCCUUAUGUGUUUUCUGUGUUGCUGACAUGAUAACAGUCCAACAGAACCCAGGAUGAGAGUCUGAUUGGAUCUAAGUUAGUUUGACAAAGUAGAAUGGCUUCUUGAAAUGUUUGUGUCCCCGUUUGUUCCCGGCCCGGCCUUCACCUUUUGCGUUUAUCGACUAACUUAAUGCCUUUCCCCUCGUACAGAACCAUGAUAAUAUUCCUGUCAGGAUUUAUUAGAUUGUUUAGUGAGUUUACAGUACAGCACAUUUUGUAGAUUUGUGUUGCGAGAUAAUUUCUGUAGUCGCAGUUUUUACACUUUUGUCUCCUCACAACAAACUUUUAGCCUCAGUGAUGUGACAGCAUCAAAAUCACUCUGUGGCCUUAUAGUCAGUGUGUUUAUGGGUUGCUGACUUGAAAACAGCCCAACAGCUUCUGGUAAAGCCGCCUCGAUACCCAGGAUGGGUUUAUGUUAAUAGGGCUAAGUAUUAUUCUUAUCUAUUGAAGCACAAGUCUUUGUCUCCCAGUUUUUUAUCAUUACUUUUAUCGACUAAUCUAAAACCCUCUUACAGAAUCAUUAUAAUAUCCCUGUUGGGACAUAUUAUAAUGUGUGUGCAGUGAGUCUACAGUGCAACGCCUUAACAUGAUGAGAUAUGCAGAUUUGUGUUGUUUUUUUCACAGGGGACUAUUUUCAGUAUCUUUUUUAAAGUAUAUAAAUAUAUUUUUUAUCUGUUUAUAUGUUUUGUAUGAAAGGAAACUGAAGCGUGAUGGAGUAACUUGCGGACAUCCUUUUGUUUUGUGUCACUCUCUUGGGGACAGUUUUAUCAGUGGCUUCUGACAGAUUGCUGCAUACUCAACAAGGCUGUGAUGACAACAGACCAAUAAUACGGAUGUGACUGGUGCUACUAUGUGUAUGCUGAUCAAAAAGUAUUUAUCAUGUAAAGCCAAAGAGCAAAAAAGAGCAAGAAUAAAGAGCAGUACGUCAGA